GGCGCGCUCAAGGCCAACAUCACGCCCUUCGGCGCCGACCAGGUGAGGGACCGGGGCGCAGAGGCCACGAGGAGGUUCUUUAACUGGUUCUACUGGAGCAUCAACCUGGGGGCGAUCGUCUCGCUGGGCGGCAUCGCCUACGUCCAGCAGAACGUGAGCUUCGUGCCCGGCUACGCCAUCCCCACGGUCUGCAUCGGCCUCGCCUUCCUCAUCUUCCUCUGCGGCCAGAGCGUCUUCGUCACCAAGCCCCCCGACGGCAGCGCCUUCACCGAUGUGUUCAAGAUACUGGCAUAUUCGUGCCGCCCCCAGAAGCGAAGCGGGGACCACGGUCGCAGCGGUGAAGGCAAUGGACCCUCUCAGCACCCUUCUAAACACAGUCUGUUUGGUUCAUGUAAGAUGUCUCACGGAGGGCCGUUCGCGGAGGACACGGUGGAGGACGUGAGCGCGCUGGUCAAGACCAUCCCCGUGUUCUUGGCUUUGAUCCCUUACUGGACAGUGUAUUUCCAAAUGCAGACCACGUACGUUUUACAGAGUCUUCAUUUGAGGAUUCCAGAAAUUUCCAGCAUUACAACCAGGCAUCAUACGUUCCCGGCCGCCUGGCUGACCAUGUUCGACGCGGUGCUCAUCCUCCUGCUGAUCCCCCUGAAGGACAAGCUGGUGGACCCCGUGCUGCGGCGGCACGGGCUGCUGCCGUCUUCCCUGAAGAGGAUCGCCGUGGGCAUGUUCUUCGUGAUGUGCUCCGCCUUCGCGGCAGGGAUCUUGGAGAGCAAAAGGCUGGACCUCGUCAAGGUGAAGACCAUCAACCAGAUGUACUUCGCUGCUGACCUGCCCGUGUGGUGGCAGGUCCCACAGUACGUGCUGAUCGGCAUCAGCGAGAUAUUCGCCAGCAUCGCAGGGCUGGAGUUCGCCUACGCGGCCGCGCCCCGGUCCAUGCAGAGCGCCAUCAUGGGCCUGUUCUUCUUCUUCUCCGGCCUCGGCUCCUUCGUGGGCUCGGGGCUGCUGGCGCUGGUGUCCAUCAAGGCCAUCGGGUGGAUGAGCAGCCACACGGACUUCGGCAACAUCAACGGCUGCUACCUGAACUACUACUUCUUCCUGCUGGCCGCCAUCCAGGGCGCCACCCUCCUGCUCUUCCUCGUCGUGUCUGUGAAAUACGAGCGCCAGCACUGCAGAGCCCGCGGGACGCCCGCCAGCAGGAGGGCCUGACGUGCCGGGCCUGCGGGGCCGGGCCCAGCGGGGCUCACCCCCGUGAACGUCUGGCUCCCCCAGGCCCGCGUGACCCCGGGCUGGUCGCUCCUCCGCCACCCUGAGGGACGAGGCAGCGCCUG